CUCGAAGGUCCUAGCACGGUGAUUCAAUUAAUGUUUAGUGAAAGAACGACUUAGGCUCAGGAACCGCAAAUCCCCAAACGCCAAACGGCUGCUUCAGGAUACGAUGCUGACCCCGCAAAGCUCCCCCGCCUUUCCAUGGGAGGAAGAUGUGAACGCAGAGAAGAGGGAAUUCGCAGAGUCGCUGGACAAAAAGGACUCUCUUGCGCAUUUUCGAGAGCAAUUCAUCAUCCCGACGACGCAAGACUUGACUAGAAAAACGAUCAUCCCCAGUGCGAAUGAAGAUAAAUCCACUUAUUCGCGAUGCACAUACCUCUGUGGCAACUCUCUGGGUCUCCAGCCGAAGAGCACCCGCACAUAUGUUGAUAGGUUCCUGCAAACCUGGGCCACGAAGGGGGUGCUGGGCCACUUCACGCCACAUGAAGAUGAGCUCACGGCUCCCUUCGUCGAUAUGGAUACAAGGGCAGCAGAUUUGAUGGCGCCAGUCGUGGGCGCCCUGCCGAGCGAGGUAGCCGUUAUGGACACGUUAACGACGAACCUGCAUCUGCUCAUGGCGAGCUUCUAUCGUCCAACGGCGGAGAAAUAUAAGAUUAUCUUGGAGGGGAAGGCGUUUCCUAGCGACCAUUUCGCCGUUGAAUCCCAAAUCCGACACCACAACCUGGAUCCCGACAAUGCUAUGAUCCUCAUUGAGCCAGAGGACCCCCGCAAUCCACUGCUCUCCACUGAAAAGAUCAUCUCUGUCAUCAAUGCGCAUGCCGCAAGCACUGCCCUAAUCCUUCUACCAGCCAUCCAGUAUUACACCGGUCAAUACUUCGACAUCGCAAAAAUCACCGCCCACGCGCACUCGAAGAACAUCGCCAUUGGCUGGGACUGCGCGCAUGCUGCCGGCAACGUCGAGCUGAAAUUGCAUGACUGGAAUGUCGAUUUCGCUGCAUGGUGCACCUACAAGUACUUGAAUUCCGGCCCUGGUGCGAUGGGUGCUCUGUUCGUACAUGAACGACAUGGAAUCGUGGAUACAAAUACUUCGCUAGGGGGCCCGGGUUACAGGCCGCGCUUAUCGGGAUGGUGGGGAGGAGACAAGGACACUAGAUUCGAGAUGGAUAACAGAUUCAAACCCCGCACCGGCGCCGCAGGCUUCCAGCUCUCCAACCCCUCCGCCCUCGACCUCUCCGCCGUACUCGCCUCCCUCGAGAUAUUCUCCGCAGCCACCAUGCCCGCCGUACGACAGAAAUCCAUACAGCUAACCGCCUACUUGGAACAUCUCCUGCUAAAGGCCUGUCCACAGCAGGAAUCAGGUCCCAAGCUUUUCUCCAUAAUCACUCCCUCCAACCCAAUGUGGCGAGGCGCGCAGCUCAGCGUCCUGCUACGUGGGGAUAUAUUAGACGGUGUCUUUUCACGGCUGCUGGAUAGUGGGAUUGUGGUGGAUGAGCGGAAGCCGAAUGUGAUUCGUGUGGCGCCGGCACCGCUAUAUAAUACCUUUGUGGAUGUGUGGAACUUCGUGCAGAUAUUUGUGAAGGCAUGCGAGGAGACAGAGAGGCAGGCUGCUGAGCAAGGGAAGUAG